AUGUUGGGGGCAGCUGGUAGCCGAUUUGGCCCCUCUCAAGCAGCCGGACUGAAGGUUUGUUGGAGUUGCCAUGUGGGAGUGCCGCGUGGGAGUCAAAAGGAAUCUGGAGGCGCUGACGGGGCAGCAGCAGCAGCAGCAGCAGCCGCAGCAGCAGCAGGCUGGCGUGCUGUAGCCGCUGACUUUGCCGUGGAUGGCUCGCUGUUGCUGAUUGCGGCAGUAGGAGGAGCAGAAGGCGGCUCAGCGAAGCUGCUUAUUGUAGAUCUUAAGGCAGGGAGUGUGGCACGUGUGUACGACUGCCCGGAAGGCGGAGUUUCUUCUGUGCGUUUUGUUGCAAACUCGACAGCCGAGUGUCUCCUUGGAGGUGGAGAAGGAGAAAAUUCUGUUCGCCUGUGGGGUUUAUUGGAAAAUCGACUCGUUCUGGCCUAUCCCCUCCCCGCACCCCUUACAGGAGCAGAGGGGCUGCUGGCGCAUCCCCGGGAGCGGCUUUUUUUGGCGAGCUGCACGAACGGGGCUGUCUUUCUCUUUGACAUGAAAGAAUUGCAUCCGCUGGCUAGCAUGCAGUGUAACAAUCCUCGACCUUGCAUUGCGUUUGACUUGGAUGGACUUGUCUUCGCUGUUGCCCGAUCGCCUACGCAUGUUCACCUCGUGAACAGCGAGCUCACAGAUCUCCAGGAGUUCUCUGCCUUUGAUUUAUCAGCCUCCCUAGAUCCAGGCAGCUGCAUUGCGAGUCUCUGCUUCAGCCCUGACGGGGAGGUCAUUGCAGUAGCAACCAACCGCCAACAGCUCUUGCUGGUGAAUGCAUUUGAGGGGCACACGAUGGCAGAGCUCUGUGAGGCUGUGCCAGACGACCCUCCGAGCGCGUGGCUAUGCACUCCUUCCUUCUCCGGCAACAGUCUCCUGCUUUUCUGGUCCAAAGACACCAGCCUAUACGUCUUUCGUGUGCCGUCAGCUGCGACCAGCAGCAGUCAGCAGCAACAGCAGCAGCAACAGCAGCUGCUGCAGGCGAAAGGCGUCAAUACAGCACUCUUGGUCGCCCAGCACAAAGGCCAUUCGGAGCCUAUUUCCAUCGCCAAGGCCUCUUCCACACAUGCCCUUAUCCUCACAGUGGCGGGCGCUGUCGCUGCCCUGUGGCAGCCCGCGCAGCAGUCGUGA